AGAAUAAAUAAAAAGAAAAAAAAGAAUCAAAUCAAUCGAAAAGCACUUUCUCAGAUAUUUUUCACUCUUCUCUGCUUCUUCUUCUUCAUCAGAUGAAUUGCCUUCAUUAUUUCCCAAGAUCCUCUGCUUUGCCUCUGCAAGGCUUCAAAGGGCACCAAACAAAGCUUUCUUCUCCUCCUCCUUUUUCUGUUCCUGUUAAUAUGGUGGCAAUGAAGAAUUUUAAUGAUCUGUAUCGAAGCUUGGCUGUAAAGGCAAUUUCUGGUUCUUCAGCUAGUGCAGACACAAGUGGUGCUGAUCUGAAGGAGGACACGGAAAAAUCUGAGACAUAUAGCCAUAACAUGACAGAAGCUAUGGGUGCUGUUUUGACCUAUGGGCAUGAACUAGGAAUGAACUGCAACUUCAUUUCUCCAGAUUUAAUUGUAGGAUCAUGCCUGCAGACUCCUGAAGAUGUUGACAAGCUUCGAGAAGUAGGAGUGAAAACCAUAUAUUGCUUGCAGCAGGACCCAAACUUGGAAUAUUUUGGGGUAGAUAUCAAUGCCAUUCGAGAAUAUGCCAAGAAAUGCAAUGACAGUCAACACUUGCGUGCAGAGAUAAGGGACUUUGAUGCAUUUGAUUUACGGAUACGGCUUCCAGUGGUUAGUAAAUUGUACAAAGCAAUAAACCGAAAUGGAAGUGUGACAUAUAUACAUUGCACAGCUGGACUAGGAAGAGCUCCGGCUGUUGCAGUGGCAUACGUGUUCUGGGUUCAGGGCUACAAACUUGGUGAUGCUCAUGAUUUGCUUCUGAACAAGCGCCCAUGCUUCCCUAAGAUAGAUGCUAUAAAAAGUGCGACUGCUGACAUACUGACAGGUCACAGAAAGAAGCUUGUUACUCUGACAUGGAAAGAUGACAACUGCUCUACAGUGGAAGUUUCUGGGCUUGAUAUUGGAUGGGGCCAGAAAGAAAUUGGACGAGGAACACCUUUAAAAUUGGACGAGGAACACGGUUUGUGGAAUCUCAAAAGAGAAUUGCUGGCUUAUGUCCGUUUUAACAGUUUACAGAUACGAUUAUUCUCCACUUGCUCUCGUAGACAAAGGGGUUGGUCCAGGGGAGGUUGCAUUGCGAAAGAUCGAAUCCAUGAUCUAAGUCAUGGUGAUCAAUCUCGCAAGGGUUCUUUGCCACUGAACUACCCCAUUCAGAUUGGUUCCAAUAUCCAUGAACAUUUGAUGACAGAGGCCAAAAUUGAAGUAAGGGAAGCAUAUCCAUGUCAUACAACCUUUGUCUUGAAACAUUUUCAUUUUCAACAAUCCUUACUAAAUUACAUACCAUUCAGCUCUACAAAAAGGCAGAAAGCAAAAACAAAAACAAAAUUUUGAUUCACCGUUUCUUCUCGAAAAAUAAAAUACUUUUUUUUUUCUUGAAAAAUAUUUGGAAAGAAGUAUUUGAGAAUGUAAGAAGUAUCUCAAUUCAAACUUUAUAUUGAUUGAUUUUUUAUCUAAGUUGCAAGAAGUGGUAGGGAAAUAAAUGAAAAAUGCGAAAAAUCAAUUUUUCAAAAUUUGUUUUAUGAUGUAUUAAAUACAUACUGUUAAACUCAAAUUGUAAAGUAUAUGAACAGAACACUUUAAGAAAAUUUUUCUACAUCAACUGAAAGGAAAAUUAUUGCCUAGAACAUCGUCAUAAUACCAAUAAUAACUAAGUGAUAAAUAUUACAAGCAAAAUGCGAAAAACCAAUUUUUCAAAAUUUGUUUUAUGAUGUAUUAAAUACAUACCGUUAACCUCAAACUGUAAAGUGUAUGAACAGAACACCGUAAGAAAAUUUUACUCCCUCAACUGAAAGGAAAAUUAUUGCCUGUAACAUUGUCAUAAUACCAAUAAUAACAAAGUGA